AACAUGGUUAACAGAGGAGGCUGCUGUCCAACGCACCCUAAAACCUCUCAGAACAAGAACAGCUUCUUCCCAUCCGCUACCAGCCUUAUCAACAAGGCCCAGAGACCCUCUUGACACUGCCUCUCUCCCGCCCCCCUUCAGGACCUAGAGGCUACACCAACGAAGCAUCUCCUGGAUCAACAUUUCCUGAAGGAGAAAAAAAAAGACAAUGAAAAAUAUUACAUUUUCUGGUAUUCUCCAUUGUUAUGGUCACUUUUAAACUGUAUUCUGUUUGCUCUUUAAACUCCAGAUAGAAAAGCAACACAAUUAGAUUUUAAACAAAUGUUAUUGGUAAUUGUUUUUAACUUGUCGAUAUUAAAUAAGUGAAAUGUCAUUUUGUAUACACAAUAUUUGUUACAUGUAACAGAUAUAACACGUUACAAUAUUUAUUCACACCUAUUAUUAAAUCAUAUUUCUGUCAUGGUUUCUUUUUCUGUUAAAAUUUAAAAUUUCCUAUGUAUGGGCUGAUACUCAUAAGAUCAGUUUAAAAAUAGGGAAAAUAUCGCGGAGUGAGACAUCUCUAUAGCGCACCAUAGUUUGUUUAUAGAUCCGGGUUAGGCCACGCCCCCUUGGUUCUACCUGUUCCAGCUACUUGGUCCCACCUGGAUCGGACGUUCAGAGUCACAAGAUGAGUCUACCGGACUACAAAUCAAGUGGAAAACAGGCUUCAUCUGCGAUAUCACCCUCUCCUGUCGUUCACUUGAAUGUUGGGGGCUACCUGUUUAGCACCACACUGAGCACGCUGAGGAAACACCCAGACUCCAAGUUGGCUGAGCUGUUCAGCAGUCACCCCAAAGUCAGCACAGAUGGACAGGGACGCUUCUUCAUUGACCGUGACGGUUCCCACUUUGGAGCCGUUCUGGAGUUCCUGAGGUCGGAGAAGCUGCCAACGGAGAACAUCCGUGAAGUUUACAAAGAGGCUGUCCACUACAAAAUCAAACCACUUAUCAAACGACUGGAGGAGACGCCUGAGCUGUUUGGAGAGCUGGUGGGACGGCAGCAGUUCCUCUCCAAGGUCCGGCACUACCAAGAAAACAUUGAGGUUCUGAUCCGUAUUGCCAGAGCGGAGGCUGUGGCUGCACGCCGCUCCACCAUCCUCAUCGCCGUGCUGCAGACGGAGGAGGACUUGGGUUCCUACGGUGAUGCUAAAAGCACCCUGGAGGCGGGCAAGGAGUCAGUGGUGACAUUUGGGCCGUGGAAGGCUGGGCCGUCGGCCAGAGACCUCCUUGAUUGCGUGAAGAUGGACAUAGAAAGUCGUGGCUACAAAGUGAACAUCGAGCCUCACCAUCCGGAGCGGGGCUUUCUUUUUAAGACCUACGACAUCUUCUACAAUCUCACCUUCACCUGGUGGUGAUGGGGCACACGUCUGUGUGGUCAGGACAAAACUGUCUGUGGGUUCAAAUCAAACAACUGCACUUUGUUUCUAUAUAACUUAAAGAUAAUAAGCUACACCUUCUGAUAAAAAUCAAGAAUAAAAUUAAAUAAAUUACA